AUGUUCUGGCGCGGACCGAGCUACAACGAGCGAGGGAACGCGCCGGCGUGGGCGCGUGCACAGGGAAGGCGAGCGCGAGCCGGGCUGGCAGAGGGAGCACACCGGAAGCAGGCACGCGCCGGGCGCCGUGACGAUGACGCUAGACGUGCUGGCGCAGCGCGCAGGCCGCCGCGGGGGGCGGACUCUAGACCUUUCUUCCCUUCUGGUUUCCCCCUCCCCCCUUUUCUCCCUUUCUGGGCUUGGCUCCCCCCUUUGCACCCCCUCUUCCCCCUCCUUCCCCUCCCCCGCCCCAGUCCCCCUGGUCCCCCGCCCUGGGCCCCGGGGGAGCUCCCUCUGAGAAAGAGACCCCCCCCCCCGGAAGCGCGCCGCCCCUGGCGGUCGGGGCCGAGCCGCAGCCGAGUGGCCGUGGGCCCGGGCGGCGGGCGGAGACGCGGGCGCCUUCCCCGCUGCGCCCCGCGUGAGCUGAAUAUGGAUCCCUGUUUUCGAGAAGUGGCUGGAAUUUCAGUCUCUGCAGACUUGUUUCUUAUAUGUGAUGCCAUUCCUGCACUGGACUCAUGGAGGCUGAACAUUUAUUCAGGACUGGUGGUGCAUGCCUGCCCUCAACAACAAACUCUGGAGUCUCAGUCUUCCAGCGUGUUCAAGCUGUCCCUGGUGUCCAGCCCUGCUCAUUACCAGAACCCAGUGCAAUGUGGACUUGUCCUCCCAGAGCAGUACUUCCGGGCCAGGUUUUGGAAAAAGUCAAGGAAAGAAAAGCUGUUGAAAGGCCCUGGAGAAAAUCUAAAGCUCAGAAUACAGAGCCAAGAUGGCAGUGUGAGUAGAGCAGUGGAAAUCUCCCAAAACCGUACAUAUUUUUGAAAACCCAACAAAUACAACUGUCCCUAGAAGAGAGACCAGAAGAUACAGGA